UUUUUUCAGGAGCAAAAACGGAUACAGGAGGAGAAGGAUCGGAAGAAAGCUGAGGUCAGAGCCCGACUGGAGGCUCAGGCCCAAGCAGCCAAAGGUGGCAAAAAGAAGGGUUUCAUGACCCCCACCCGCAAGAAGAAGCUCAGGACCUUGUUGAGGAAAAAGGCUGCUGAAGAGUUGAAGAAGGAACAAGAAAGGAAAGCAGAAGAAAGGAAAAAGACCAUCGCCCAGAGGUGUGGACCACCAAAGAACUUGGAAGAUGUUAAUGAAGCUGCACUGCAGGCCAUCUGUAAAGAAUACCAUCAGAGGAUUGUGUCAUUAGAAGAUGCUAAAUAUGAUCUGGAGUAUGCUGUGAGACAGAAAGAAUUUGUGAUUAAUGAAUUGAACAUGCAAGUCAACGACUUGAGAGGCAAAUUCAUCAAACCACCUCUGAAGAAGAUCUCUCGAUUCGAACAAGGAAAAUUCGAGAAAUUGAUGCGAGCUGCCAAGAAAGCAGACAAUGACUUCCGAGCCAACUUGAAAUCCGUAGGACCAUCCACAAAAUUUAAGCUUGAUGAGGAAGUGAAAGAGGCCAAACCAGACUGGGCUUUGGGAGCCAAGAAAGAAGAGAAGGCAGAAGACGAAUCCGAAGAGGAGGAGGAAGAAGACGUAGGAAGGGCAUCCAGUGGACAAAAAACAACUCGAGAAGAAUCUCAACCGAAAAUGACUGAAGCCGAAAUUGCAAUGGAGGAGAAGUUGAAGAAGAAGAAGGAAGAAGAUGAAGCCAUGUGGGCUGAGUACAUCGAGCAAUGGAGGAAACAAAGGGCAAAGGAGGAAGAAGAAUUGAGGAAACUAAAAGAACGACAGGCAAGGAGGAAAGUAACUAGAGCUGAGCAAGAGAAGCGAAUGAUGGAGCUCAAAAGAAGGCAAGAAGAACAGAGGCAACGCGAAAUCGAAGAGAAAAAGAAUAAAGAAGCCGAAGCUAAACGAAAACGUCUUGAAGAAGCGGAAAAGAAGAGACAAGCCAUGUUGGAAGAACAAAGAAAGCAAAAGGAGGGAGUCAAACCAAAUUUCGUUAUUCAAAAGAAGGAAGGUGGUGGUUUGCCUGUAGCUCCCAGCCAUCCAGGUGCUUUUGACAAGAUGAGCAGCGUUGAGCAAGCUCGUGCCGAGAUGGGUAAAAGCAAAGAACAGUUGGCUGAAGAUAAACAAAUCGCUCUCACUUAUCGAGUCAAACCUUUGAACAUCGAAGGUUUAGGAUCCGGUAAGUUGCGAGAAACCGCCGAGGAACUUUGGGCAAAAAUUGUGCAAUUAGAAAGUGAGAAAUACGACUUGGAAGAGAAAAUGAAACGACAAGACUAUGAUCUGAGGGAAUUAACUGAGAGGCAGAAACAAAUUAAUCGACAAAAAGCACUGAAAAAAGGCAUUGACCCUGCCGAGGCUGAAGGAAAACACCCGCCCAAAAUUCAUGUUGCUAGCAAGUUUGAACGACGUGUAGACAGAAGGACGUAUGGUGACAAGAAAAAUUUGUUCGAUGGUGGAUUAGAGAAAUCUGUAAAAGAGGCUAUGGAAAAAUCAUGGGAGGAACGAAUCAAGAGUUUCAAAGAGCGAGGACCUAAAAAUCUACCGAAAUGGGACCCAACAGCCCCCAAAGCCAAGGAAGUCAUUGAACCCAGACACUACGAUGACGAAGAAGACAUUGUUGAUUUGCUGCCUCCUGGUCUGGACUUGGAACCUGAACCUAUCAAAGCACCCUCACCACCUCCACAGGAAGAAGAAGAGGAAGAAGAGGAGGAAGAGGAAGAAGAUGAGGAAGAAGAAGAGGAGGAGGAGGAAGAAGAAGAGUAAUUUUGAUAUUGUCCAAAGGAAAAGAAAUUACUUGAAAUUUUUCACGACUAUUAAAGUGAGUAGCUGCCUCUUCCUGGAAAUUUAUCUCAGCCACAAAUUUGGUUCCACUUCAGUUUGUAAAUUAUUCCGCCUAUAAAUCUCUCAUGAAUAAAGUGUACUCAAAUACAACUUUAUAUUGAAGGAAAACAUCUGAAUUAUAUCACUGCGUUAUGGCGCUCAACUUCAUUCCUUAUUUUUAAAUUUUAUUUUCCAGACAAGACAUACUGCAAUGUAAAAAUGGUGAUACGAAAAUUAAAUAUGAUUAUUAUUAAUUUUCAAAUGAACUUUUUCUGUUUUUCUUCAACGGUGCAUUUUGUGUCAUGUGUUGAUACUAACCAAUGAUAAUGGAUUAUUGGACCUGUAUUUCAUGUGGAUAAAUGUAUCUGUUCAAAGUUCACAAAUAUUUAUUAAAACUACUUGGUUUCUUCAAA